UGGCAUGUCGCCGCGUUUAUUUUAUUUAGUUGGCAACAAUGGUUGUGUACAUUCUAACAACAACAAACCGUGCAUUAAUUUAAUUUUCAUUUGCUCAAUUUGUGUUUAUUUGAACGUUUUUAAAACAAAAUUUGUGUUAUUGUUUGCACAUAUCGUGCUACGCGCAUACUAAACUAAAAAAAACAUUGUUAAUAUUGCUUGAAUUAUUGUUUUGUUGUUUUUUUUUUUUUCAUUACGGUUUGUUUGUGUCCAAAGCAAAGUGACGCUAUGCGACCGCAUUACUGCGGAGCGUAAAAACAAAAGACAAGGUGCGCCACUUAACGGUUACUUAUUGGGUUGCGGAAAUACCAAAGUCGCUUCAAUAAAAAUUAAGGCAGGGCAGAACAACGGACGGCGUCUUUAGACUGCUUGUUGUCAUUCUAGGCAAACGCACCGCAACCAACGCCAGACAGCGCUCCCAUGCCAGCUCCAGUCCAGUGAACAGUGUAACUGUAAAUGCAGCAGCAACAACAAUAGGAACAACAAGCGCUGGCGAUGCAAUUAAAAGCGCCAAAGAGCAGGAAUAUGGCCAGCCUGAAAGAUGACGAAACGCCAACAAAUAAUCGACACAGCAGCAGCAGCAGCAAUAACACAACAACAACAAUACUUGCCAGCACUAGCAGCAGUAGCAACAAUAACAACACAAAAAUCCGAGGAUGCCGCUGCAAGCGAGAGUCCUUGAGGCAACGCAACCAGGCGCUGGAGCAGCGUCUGAGCGAGAAGAGCUGGCUGCUGCAACAAAUACAAAAGCAGGAGACGGCCAUAAUGCAUGGCAACUAUGAGCAUCUAACGGUGAACGAGUUCUUUGCGCAGCUCGCGCAGCAAUACAAACAUGAGCAGCAACUGCAGGCGCUGGCCAAGGACACCGCGCUGCUGCGACGCAAGCAGAGCACGAGCAGCAGUCAAAGUCACAACAACAACAACAGCAGCAACAAUAAUAAUAAUAAUAGCAAUAGUAACAACAAUAGGCUAUCGGAAACGCAAUCGAACCGCAGCUCAGAGUAUGACAACUACCAGCCAACGUCAAGCAAUGUGGGCGACAUGCUGGUCAUAGGCGUGGCCCAACAGCAGUCGCAGCAGCAGCCGCAUGUGAAAAGCGCGCUUAAAAAACGCCCCACACCCACGCCCACAACACAAAUGCAGCUGCGCCAGCAGCAACACUUGCAACACCAGCAGCAGCAACAACAGUUGUAUGCGCAGCAGCACGCCAACUACUUGCAACAGCUGCAGCAGCAAGAUGUCAUCUCCAUGUACUCGGCCAACUCCUCGAACGUGGCCACGCUGCGACAGCAACAUGUCUCGCCACAGCAGCAACCCAUCAUAGUGCAGUGCGAUAAGUACUACUUGUCGCCCACUCAUCAGAGCUACAAUGAGGGCGGCUUCAUCAAGUCCAGCCAGAACAUCAAGCAGUAUGUUUCGCCGCUGGCUUCACCCAGCGCGCUUAGCUACGAGCAAUCCUCGCUGCAGCAUCAGCAACAUCAACGCCAGCUGGAUGCAAUCUCGCUGGCGCCCAGCUACAUAAGCGUGGAGCUGGAGAGCGUGCAACAGCAGCAGCAGCAACAGUAUCGCUGGCGUUCGCAGUCACACAUUGCAGCGCUGACGCCGCCGCACGCAAUGCCGCAGCAGUCGCAUUCCAGCGAUAUGCUGGCCGCGCCCUUGCCACGAUAUGGCAGCAAGCCGAAGCCGCUGGAUGAGAUCUCGCUGCUCAGUGAGAAGAAACCCAAGCCCAAGCAGUGGCUGGAAUCCUCACUUGAUGGUCCCGCUGUGGUGCGUCAAUUGGACAAUUCCAGCACCAGCGCUCAUAGUCCUGCCAGCAGCAGCAAUGGCAGUGGCGCUGCUGCCGCCGCCAAGCCACGACCCAAGCUCAGCUCACAGUCCAUGUCUGUAUCUGGACGUCAUUAUUCCAUGUCCGCGCAACGCAGCACGCCGCAUAAUUACGUGCACAGCGGCUACGCUGCUGUCAGCAGCUCCAAGCUGCUGCAACAGGCCGAUGAGCGUUAUGCCAAGCUCAGUCAGUCCACCUCCUAUCUGAACGCCAUGGAGCAAUCAGUGGGCAUCUCAGCAUCCUAUGCGCUGGAGCCUUUGGAUAUACCGCCCUUUCGCAACUUGCCGCCCAAGCCCAAUCAAAGUCAGCAGCCCACGCCGCCGCCCCGGCCACCACCAGCCAAUAAGGAUAACUUUAAUAAUAAUAAUAUUGGAGGCAUAUCGCACGCGCUGGUGUCGCCACCGCUUGCAGUCGCCACAGCAACGGCUGCGGCCAGCCUCUCGCCGGAGAUUCGCAUUGAAUCGCCCAAGAACAUGACCGUGGUGCAGCAGGCCACCUUUCAGCCAUAUAAGGAGGUCACCAAACCCUUUGAAAUGUCCGAUUUCUACAAGUACUCGACCAAGUUCAAACAAAAAGAAGCCGGCCGACCCGAAUGACGAACACUCGACACUUUACUUGACUUUUGCUUUACUUUAUGCUUUACCAAACUGAAAUUGGUAUCGUUACUUGCGAGCAUGACUUGUGAUUAAACGAUUAUAUCUGGACUAACUAACUAAUCAGUAUGUUUAACAAUACGCUCUAGGCUUACGACUUGCUCAAAGACAGACAAGAAAAUAACUGAACAUAUAUCUUCUACUUAUGCCUUUUACAAUUUGCCUUUCUCCUUGACAAUACAUUUGCUGAAAAUUGCAUUUACAAUCGAAGUCUCGAACUCGAACUGAAACGAAAAAUUAUUAAUUGUUACAAACUAUUUUUGUAUGCUGCAUUUAAUACAAUUUUUGUAUUCAUG